CGCAAAUAAAGGGAGCGAAACCGUGGAACGUCGAUCAGUGCUCUCGUCAACCGCUCACCUCCACCUCGCGUUUCCUGUGCUCUACAGAUCACUUACUAACUAACUAACUUAAAAUUAUGCAGUAUCGACGUCCCAACAAGCCUACUGAUUUGAGUGAACGGGCCAAGCUAGUGUGUAUGUGGGUGGACGGGAUGUCUUGUCGAAACAUAGCAAAGGAGACUGGCAAAAGCGUUUCAACAGUAUGUAGGUGGAUAAGACACUGGAAACUAGAGGGCAACAUCAACUCAAAACCUCGUAUUGGCAGAUCAUAUAAACCUAGUGCCACAGUUCGUUCGGCGUUCCAUCCUCCGUUGUCUUGGAAGUAUGGGCCUUCUCCUACAUACUCAAAUAUGUCGACAUCGUCACGUAUGGUGGCACUGAUUGCGUUGCUGAUGGUGAGAAAGUGUAUCGGUAGUGCUGUGGAAGGUAAGGCCGGCCUCAGUGACCAAACAGACGAUUGGUUGACGGGAUCCGUGUAUCAAAGCGGUGUGGGGGUGGACCACCGAAUAAACCAGGUGGGCGAGGUGGUGAGCCAGGUGGUGGAGCAACACCUUGCUGGGUGUCACUUGGUGCUGGUCGAUACAACAACACAAAGCCCAGUGUUCUCAACGAUGGUCAGCCAGUUGGUAAGAAUAAGAGAGAGUGUGAUGGUGGUCGAGGCGUGGCGGUUGUUCUUACAGACGCAAGUAGCCACAAAGGAGUCAGUAAAUAACUGGAAUAAUGGAGAUCAAGUUCUCAAGGACCAGCUAACCAGGGACAAGCUCCUGCAGGGGUUGUGGGGAGACGCUACACUCACCUGCCGUGCCCUCUUCAUACACCUCGACAACAACAACAAAAGCCUCUUUUUCAUGUUCCUGGAGUGGUGUGAAGUGUGGCGACGACCAGAGAUUCCUGUGGUGGUGGUGGGUGAGAGGGAGGGAGUGGAGACCGUCCUCCUUCACCACAGUCUUCGCAACACUAUUCACACCCUUUACCUCGCCCUCCAUGACCUCCCCCUCCACAGAGGCCAGAGACCAUCGCUCAACACGAGAUCUGGGAAGAAAAAUAUCAUCAGAGAAAGUGAGACUGAGCUGGUGUGGAUGUACAGACGGUGUUUGUACUGUGACAAAGGUGAUGCUCAGCUCCAACCCCUCCACCGGGGGAGCCUGACAGCCGGCCUCCAACGCGGUGUGAACCUCUUCCCAGAGCAACUAGACAACUUCAUGGGCCACACAUUCCAGCUGGUGGUGAAUCGUUACCUACCCUUCGUAAACAUCGAGAUGGACAAAGAGCCGGGCACUCCGCUGGCUACCCGAGACUCCCUUAAUACCCGUAUGCUCCAUGUCAUCGCCACUAGUCUUAACUUUACGUACAUCUUGCGUCAGCCCCUGGAUAAGAAGUGGGGGACUCCAGCAGACGACGGCAACUGGACAGGGAUCGUGGGCGACUUGCAGCACCAAAAAGCGGACUUCUCCCUGGAUGUGACGCUCUCAGAGUCAAGAAGCACCGUCAUGGACUACUCCAGGGUCUACCAAAAUGAUCCUUAUGUUAUUUUGUCGCCUAAGCCCUCAUCUCUACCGCGGCACCUGUCUCUCACCAGACCUUUUGAAGGGGAGGUCUGGAUGUCUUUCUUAGUGUGUACAUCAUUUAUGGGCCUCAUCCUGUGGCUGCUGCAGAAGGCGUGGUCGUGGGCGUCAGGUGAGCUCGGUGUCAGCCUGGUGCCCACAGUCUUCCAUACCUGGGGGAUUAUGCUGUUAGCGCCUAUCCCUACACUGCCUACUAACAGCACUGGCCGGGUGUUGAUAGGGUGGUGGCUCCUGGUGUGUGUGAUCGUCACCACAGGCUACCGCUCCUCCCUCAUCGCCCACCUCUCCGUCCAGGGCAAGUACCCGCCCAUUAACAGCUUCCAGGAUCUCCUAGACCGAGAUGGCUGGUCUUGGGGUUCUUAUGAAUUUGCAGGAACUAAUUUCCUCUACUUCAACGGAAGUACUGACCCUGAUGUUCUAGAAUUAUAUAAAAAAAUGGAGACGGCGACCUCACCAUACCCUGAGACCUGA